AUGAGCAAAACAUGUUACAGGAGGUCUAGCCGCCAUAGACAUUACAUUAUGCAAUUGAUAUCAAUUAUAUCAAUUGACCGAACUGUUUAUAGACGAUGUUCUCAUUCAGAAAUAAGUGCAAGCUAUUUUUUUAAUAUAAGGCCAGUGUUUUGUGCUAGUGAGCUGCUCGAUUUGAUUUAUUUAAAUCGUAACACUUGGUGA